UGAAGCCACACGGGGAGUAUGGAAGCGCACCACACCCCCAGACCCUCCAGGUUCUUCUCAAUCUUGACAAAACCACGCAUCUCCAUAAAAUGCUUGAGCGUUAUUCCCGGUCCACUAGUCAGAUCUAUCCCACUACCAACUUCAAUCUCGCAUCAUUGGUUACAUGAGUUAUCUGGGCUGUCCUAGAUUCCUAGACCACGUUCGGAUCGACUUUACGACGUCUUUGAAAAAGACACUGCGACGGGGAGGUUGGAAACAUCAAACCAGUAUAGAUGCAAGUCUUCGCAUCAGCCAUCUGAUUCUCGACUCAUCACACCGCCAAGGUGCCAUGCUGGAUCUCACUCGCGCUGCAAGUUCAAGGGCGACUCGGCCAGAUUAUCCUACGCAGCUAAGCCCGGACUACUGGGUAACCUACGAUCCAAGACUCUUGGCCCCCCAUCUGCAACAAGGCUAUUUUUUUCUUUCCGUUUCCUCUUUUUGUCCCCUCCAGAUCGCGCAAGCACCCAAGCGGCGUUGGCAAGGCCGCAAAGCGCGAAGGAGCGAGAAAAUUUGACAUCAAAAUUGGAAAACAAGCCCACCAUGAGAUGAGGAUGACUCUCAACCCAGAUCUGGAUACUCCGACCUCGGCUGGUCCGGCAUUUGAGCAUUCAAGCUUCUUGCAAUUAGCGAUGGCUUCAUGACAUGCUGCGACAUUUAUUUCGCC